CAGAGCCUUUCAAAUUCUAGGGUUUAAUAAACCCUUGUGUUCCUUCCGAAUCUUUGCGAAAAUUCGAAAGCGCAGAGAAAGAGAAAGGAUGUCGUACGACGAUGUGGAGAUCGAGGACAUGGAGUGGAACGAGGAGUUGCAGGCCUACACGUACCCGUGCCCGUGCGGUGACCUAUUCCAGAUCACGAAGGACGACCUCAAACUUGGCGAAGAAAUCGCUCGAUGCCCUAGCUGCUCCCUCUACAUCACCGUCAUCUACAACAUCGAAGAUUUCCUCGCCGAUUCCGAUCAAAAUCGACAAAACAAGGGCCUUCAACCCCUCACUGUUGCUUGAAUUUCACUUCAUUCACUAAUUUAUAAUCCAUGUCCUGAAAUGGAGAGAGCAGUAAGAUUUUCUCGGCUUUGAUUUAUCAUGGCAUCGCGUAUAUUGAUUUGCAGAUAGGAAUUCUUGGUAUUUUUGAUGGAAAAAGAAGAAAUGAAUGAUAUGAUAGAUUAUAUUGCAGCAAGCAUACUAUUGUUAUUUGCUCUUCUGAAGGAAAGAGGGAACCAAGAAUUUUGUCAUCGAUCUCGAUUGAACAUGUUUUUGUAAUAGUUAGACAUCAUAAUACCACACCAUUCUACAGAAUUAUAGCAGCUACUUAUAUGCUAAUUUUCCUUUUUGAACUAGUCACACCAUUCUUUAUUUUCUUUAAACGGGUUGUUGUUUGCUGUGAAAUUUGUCGCACGUUUUGAGGCA